UUGUUUUAUAUAACAAAUACUAAAUGAUUUGUCAACACUUGUUAUAAUAUUAUUUGAAAGAUAUCGCUAUAAUGUCUUCAAUAACUAAACUUUCAUUUUAAUUAUUUAAUUGAUUUGUACAUCACUUUUGAUAAUAAGAGUCUAUUUAUCACUCGAUGUCUUCGUACGGAAUCGUUGAGUAUUACGGCUGUAAUGUCGAUCCGUAUCCGUGCGGAUACUGUAAAAAUAUAAAACCCGCGGAUUAUGGUAAGUAUCGGUUCGGAAUGUGGUCGCAUAGGCUCUCAAACAUGAGUUAUCAAAAUCUAAUUGAUAGAAAUUGGCGAAGAAGUGGUCAAUAUUGUUAUAAACCAAUUCUCAAUAAGACUUGUUGUCCAAUGUAUACAAUCAGAUGUGAUGCUCUCGACUUCAAACUCAAAAAGUCUCACAAAAAAGUGAUUAAAAGAUUCAAUCAUUUUAUAAUUAACGACCAAAAGCCUGAAAAAAGACAUGAAAGUGGUUUGUCAUCAAUUGGURUCACCGAAGAGAAACAUAAUAUUGAACCACUGAUGGAUAAAAAAGAAACUAAAGAUUUAAAGAUUAAAAUCAAUUCAAACACACUGUCAUUAAUGGUUCCGAUUACCAGCAACAACGAUACCAGUGAUGUAAAUGUCAAAUGUUGUGAUCAAAGAAGUGAUAUUAAUUCAUCAGAAAGAAAGAAAAGAAAAGCCAAAUAUAUUAGAAAAGAGAGAAAAUUACAAAAAAUUAUGAAAAUUGAAAAAUGCGAUCAAUUGAAGGGUCAACAGAUUAUGAAUGAAAGGCASARAAAGAGAGUGAUUGAAACAAAUAAAAACAAAUCACUUGAAGAUUAUUUAAAUGAAACGGAAAUCGCUUUGAAUGCAAAACAUAAACUUCAAAUAAAGUUUAUUUCGACUUUAAAUGAUGAAUAUAAAGAUACUUUAGAAGCGAGUCAUUCAGUUUAUAGCAAAUAUCAAAUGGCAAUACACGGCGAUAGUGUUGACAAAUGCACUCAAAGACAAUAUAAGAGAUUUCUGAUUGAUUCACCUCUUGAGAUCAAAGAGUUUAAUAAUGAUGUUAGUAAUGAAUUGCCGAAACACUAUGGAUCAUAUCAUCAACAAUACUGGUUGGACAACAAACUAAUAGCAGUCGGUGUCAUCGAUGUCCUGCCGUAUUGUGUUUCAUCUGUUUAUCUCUAUUAUGAUCCCGACUUUAACUAUCUUUCAUUAGGAACUUAUUCUGCUUUAAGAGAGAUAGCUUUAGUGAGAAAAUUACAGCGAUUUCUACCGCAACUCAAAUAUUAUUAUAUGGGAUUUUAUAUCCACUCGUGCCCUAAAAUGAGAUAUAAAGGACAAUUUCUACCAUCGGAUCUGUUAUGUCCAGAAACUCAUACGUGGCAUCCGAUUACUAAAUGUGCGCUAAAGUUAGACAUUAUUAAAUAUUGUCGCUUUGAAGACAACCCAAAUGUUAGUGACGACGAUUCAAAUGCCAUCACUGAUAGUGAUAUUAAAGUGUUGUAUAACAGGACUGAUAUGUCUUUUCGUUAUUAUAAGUCUAACAGCAAAGUCAGUGAAAAUGAGGAACAAUUGGUCAAAGAAUAUGCAAAACUAAUUGGAAAGAAAUGCUGUCACCAGAUAUUACUAUACAGACAGUGAAAUUAAAUUUAUCAUAAAAUAUGUUUUAAUGC